AUGGCGAACGACUUGGAGACGCAGCACGCCCAGCCGGCGCAUGAUGACAAGCAGGCGACAGAGGUCUCCGGCGCUGAGCAGCCCCCGGCGGCGGCCGGACAUAAGGCCAAAGGCUUUCUCCGCACGGUGUUGACGGCCGGGCGGGUCGAGGAGGGCGGCAUCGAGCCGAUUCCGAUCGAGGCCCGGACCGCGACGAAGUACUUCAAUGCCUUUACGAUUUGGUGCUCGAUCAAUACCAAUAUCCUGGCAAUUACGUUCGGUAUGCUGGGUCCGGUGUCUUUCGGCCUCAGCCUCCGAGACUCGGCACUGGUCAUUCUCUUCUUCAACUUGCUCUCGACGCUCGCACCGGCGUACCUGUCGACUCUGGGUCCGAAGACUGGUAUGCGCCAGAUGAUUCAGGCGCGCUUCAGCUUUGGUUACUAUCUUGUGUCUGUUCCUGUCAUUCUCAACCUGGCUACUCUCACGGGUUUCUGUGUCAUCAUCUGCGUCAUCGGGGGCCAAUGCCUCUCUGCGGUGUCCGAGGGCGACCUGUCGACCGCCGUUGGCAUCGUUCUCAUCGGCGUCGCCGCCCUCUUGAUCUCUUUCUGCGGCUUCAACGUGCUGCACUUCUAUGAGGGCUACGCAUGGAUGCCAGCUUUGGUCGCCAUCAUCAUCGCUGUGGGCUGCGGUGGAAACCAGCUGAAGGCCCAGGCGACCCCGGAGCCUGCAACUGCGGCUGGGGUUCUCAGCUUCGGUGGUGUCAUUGCAUCAUAUAUGAUCCCUUGGGCCUGCAUUGCAUCAGACUUGACGACGUAUUUCGACCCCACGCCACGUCUCUCAUCCCACCGCAUCUUCGCCUACAGCUUCCUCGGCCUCGUCGUGCCCACCAUCCUCCUCAUGACCCUGGGCGCGGCCAUCGGCGGCGCCAUGGGCAACAUCCCCGCCUGGCAGACCGGCUUCGACAACACCCUCGUCGGCGGCGUCCUCGGCGCCAUGCUCGCGCCCGCCGGCGGCUUCGGCAAGUUCAUCCUCGUCGUGCUCGCCUUCACGCUCCUCGCCAACAUCUCCGGCACCAUGUACGCCAUCACCCUGAACUUCCAGACCCUCAUCCCGGCCUUCCGCAUCCCCCGCUACAUCUUCUCCAUCAUUGUAACCGCCAUCAUCAUCCCCAUCGCCAUCAAGGCCGCCGGCGACUUCUUCCUGAGUCUGGAGAACUUCAUCGCGCUCAUCGGGUACUGGUCCGCCUCGUUCGUGGGCAUCGUUGUUACGGAGCACUUUGUGUUCAGGAAGGCUAACGCGAAGGCGUACGAUGCGGAGAUUUGGGAUGUGCCGGCGAGGUUGCCCUGGGGCGCGGCGGCGAUUGCGUCGGCGGUUCUGAGCUUUGGGUUGGUCGUGCCGUGUAUCUCGCAGGUAUGGUUUACGGGACCUAUUGCGGUGACGACGGGCGACAUUGGGUUUGAGGUUGCGUUUUUCCUGAUGCCGCUGGGCGAUUCAAUCACUGAGAUCACCUGCUGGCGGGCAUAUGUCUGGGACAUGCUCGUGAAGGAGAACCUCGCCGACAAAGUGCAGUUCGUGGGCUCCAUGACGAACAACCCGCAAAACUGCCGGGCUCAGUCGGGCUCCUUCGACCUUCACCAUGAGGGCCACUCGGGCUGGCUGUCGAUCAACAUCGCGAAUCAGUACCUUCAAGGGUGGCUGGCCAGCAGCAAACCUGACAUUGUGCAGUAUAUGCUGGGUACCAAUGAUGUCGCUCAAGGCCGGACCACUAACGACAUCAUCGCGUCGUACACGAAGAUGGUAGGACUCAUGAGGGCGUCGAACCCACGCAUGAAAAUUCUUGUCGACCUCCUAAUUCCGCUGUCCUUCAACGGUGGUGGCAUCACCACGCUGAACCAACAAAUUCCGGGCUGGGCAGCGCAGCAGAAUUCGACUGAGUCCCCGGUCAUGAUCGCCGACUGCUCGACCAAGGCUGGGUACACCGACUCGAUGAACAGAGACGGUGUUCACCCAAAUGACCAAGGCGAUCAAUUCAUUGCACGACAAGUCGGAACCUUGCUGAUCAAGUACCCGCCCGUCGUCCAUGUUCCCCCUCCACCCAGCCAGCCGGCCGGCGAGGAAGGACCACCAGUGAAGAAAAAGCGAGGCCCAAAACCCAAGCCUAAGCCCUAUGUUGCUCCCAAACCGGUCCUGCGACAUGAGCGUAGAUACACCAUCGAGAAGAAGCGGGAGGUCUUGAUGUUCUUGGAGCAUCACCGCGUCAAGAACCGCCCCGGUCAGCCCAUCCGCCUGCGCGGCGGCGAAGAGCGUCUUGAAGGCGAGUAUCGGCGGCCAACGCUGGACGAGGCGUCUGAGUGGUUCAAGAUUCCGUACGGCUCAAUCCACAACUGGUACAAGAACAAGGAUACCAUCUUCGACCCGUCUCUCAAGGGUCGGAGGACGCGUCGCAAGCGCGAUGCUUCGGGCCAGCUCGUUGACCGAAACCAACCAGAUGCACCACCACCACUGCCUCAAUCUCAAUCAGAGGGCGAACAGAUGUCGCCUCAAGCCGAGUCAUCAACUCAGAGUCAGACUCAUCAGACUGAGGAGCCAGCAAACAGACCCGACCCGUCAUCGAUCCAGCCUGGUCCGUAUACCACCACUCAGCAACCUCCAACACAACCCGGCUCGACGGAGCCACCAAAAUCGCCAACCAUGAGCAUCCUGUCGCCUCGAACAGCGCUCCCAGACGCCCGCCCGUCGAAUGCAACGGUAGCCGAGCAGGCCCAGAGACCCACCGCCGGCGCGGAGAACCCGUCCAGACGCGAGGAUGACCAACGCGAGGAGCUGCGGCCCAGCAGCACGUCUCCGGCUGCCGGGGUCGACUCCGCGAGCAAUGAAACCUCAUCCGCACCCCGGACCGCAGAGGAGCAGCGCGCAAACACCGUUGAGCCAACGACGACCAAAGCAACAACGCUCGUCUCUCACUCAUCUCAACUAUCUGAUUCAUAUUGA